AUGUCCAAUUCAGCCCGAUUGAGCGAAGCUGCAGAAUGCGAGCGGAAAGCUGCUGAGUGCCUGAAGACAUCAGUGUUGAAGCUGAAAUUGAAACCAGAUUACGAUGGAGCCGCAACUGCUUUGGAACGUGCAUCAGUAUGUUAUCGUAAUGCUGGAGAUGCGAAAAAGGCAGCCAAGGCAUUGAUAGCCGCUGCUGGACAUUACGAACAAUUAGGAAACCUUUUUCAUGCCGCCAAAGCUCGCGAAGGUGCAGCUAUGUUGCUGAGAGAUGCUGGUGAUAGUGCAGGAGCCUUCCCACUAUUCGAAAAGGCGAUUGAUCAAUAUGCCGAAUCGGGAAGCCUGGAUACUGCUGCUAUGUCGGUUGAGAAAGCCGCAAAGGUCGUAGUCCUUCAGGAGCCUGAGAAGGCUAUCAAAUUAUAUGAGAAAGGACUAGCACUGGUACAGCAAUCUGAUCGUUCGAAACUAGCAGGGGAAUUUCUGAGUCAGAUAGCACGCCUGAAUCUUCGACUGGAACGUUACAGCGAAGCGACGAAGGCUAUUCGCGAUGAAAUAGAAAAGUACGUCGAAGUUAGAGAAGCUGGACGCGUGGGUCAACUUGCAGUUGCGCUGGUCCUUGUGCAACUAGCAAUGGGUGAUUCGGUAGCAGCUGCGAAGUAUUACCAGUGGACAGUAGAACAGUGCGCUGAAUUCGAGUUCACAGAUGACGCAAGAGCAUGUCGCCAAUUGAUUGGUGGUUGGGAGGGCGGAGAUGAUGAACAGUUCCAAAAUGUGCUGAAGGAUGGCGUCUUGCGCAGCAUGGAUAAUGAAUAUCUCCGGCUCAUGAAGAAACUUCAUGCACCAUCAGGUGGUCUUGAAAGUGGAAAUGCAAAUCAAGGUGAAGGUGAUGAAGAGGACUUGAAGUGA